GGGAUUUUCUGGUGUUUUCCCUUGGCUUGCUCUUUCUAGGGGACCUUUGCCAAUAUUUGCAAUUGGGUUGCUUCUACUUUUGUAGCUCUGUUUGUGUAUGUUUCUCCUUUGGAAGGUGAACAGCUCUUUCCGAGGGAUCCAUACGUUGUACUUACUAGUCAGCACUUGAUGGAAAAAGGGCACAUUCCAAGAUGAAAUUUCACCACUUUUUCUUUCUUCCUUUUGCCUCCAUUUUCGUGCAAAAAGGACCGAUUUUUUGUCUUUGAGUACCGCUUUGUCUAUGCUCAGCAAUGUGAUUUCUUGGAGCUGGCGGUGUCCAAUUAUGCUUAUUAGUAUUUGGGAUGAUGGGAUUUUCCGGUGUACCCUUAUUUGUUGUUAAAAGUGCAUUUUCCUUGAUAAGUCAGCAAGAGAGGAGUAUAGAUUUAUCAGGUGCUUGCUAUGGCUAUUGAUACUUUGAAUGGUUGGAGAGGGUCGGCAUGAUGGAAAAAAGGGAUUUUAUGAUGUGGUGGGAGGUGAUGUUUUUGUUUCAAUCAACGUUGCUGAUGUUGCUAAAGCAGGGAAAAUAUUGAACUUAAUUUCUUGUUGAAUGUUGUCCUGCUUUCAUGAGUUAGAAGAGGAGGAUUGGAGGUAAAAAGGGUGAAGUUAAUCUGUGGAGUAGAUGUAAGUUAUCUUUGGGCAUUCUAUUGUUCUGCAGCAGAAACGGUGUUCUUUUGUAAUGUUUUUUUGUUUGGUUGCACCCGCAUGGUAUUCUGUUUGGAUUCGAGGGAAGAGCUGAGGUGGAAGGAAUGAUAAAUGGCCACUUCCUGAAUUUUAAUCAAUCAACAGUAUUAGAAGAAGGGAGGGCAUGCUUGCCCUUGUACCUAGUAUAUUGAUUACAAUUCAUGGUUCCAGGCAGCAUUUGUCCUAACCACUGGCGUCAACAGUGUUUUUGUUCUUGGAUAUUCAGGAACCAUCAUGGUUCCUCUUGGCUGGGUCCCUGGAGUACUUGGAUUAAUUGCUGCAGCAGCUAUUUCGUUGAAUGCGAAUGUUCUCAUUGCUAAGCUUCAUGAAUUUGGUGGAAAGAGGCACAUUAGAUAUAGAGACCUUGCUGGACAUAUUUAUGGUAGGAAAGCUUAUUCUCUUACAUGGGGAUUACAGUAUGUUAAUCUCUUCAUGAUAAACACUGGAUUUAUCAUUUUGGCUGGUGAGGCUCUGAAGGCUGUUUAUGUUCUCUUCCGGGAUGACCAUGUGAUGAAGCUUCCUUACUUCAUUGCCAUUGUGGGUUUUGUCUGUGCCUUGUUUGCCAUCGGGAUACCUUAUUUAUCAGCUUUGAGGAUCUGGCUGGGAGUUUCCACAGUUCUCAGUCUGGUUUAUAUUGUUACAGCAUUUGUACUGGCUCUACGAGAUGGCCUAAAUUCUCCUGCCAGAGAUUAUAGCAUACCAGGAGAUAAAACGGGCAAAAUCUUUACAACCAUCGGUGCUGCAGCAAAUCUCGUUUUUGCAUAUAAUACAGGAAUGCUUCCAGAGAUUCAGGCAACGGUGAGAGAACCUGCUGUGAAGAACAUGCUGAAAUCUCUCUACUUUCAGUUCACCGUUGGAUGUUUACCUAUGUAUGCAGUCACAUUCGUAGGAUACUGGGCCUAUGGGUCCUCAACCUCGUCCUAUUUGCUCAACAGCGUCAACGGUCCAGUUUGGGUGAAGGCAUUAGCCAACAUUUCCGCCUUCCUGCAAACAGUCAUUGCGUUGCAUAUUUUUGCUAGUCCAAUGUACGAGUACAUGGAUACCCGCUUCGGCAUCACCGGGAGCGCUUUGCAAUUCAAGAACUUGUCGUUUAGGAUUCUUGUGAGAGGCGGAUAUCUCACCAUAAACACGCUGGUCGCGGCCCUCCUCCCUUUCCUCGGCGACUUCGAGAGCCUCACGGGGGCGAUAAGUACCUUCCCUCUCACGUUCAUCCUCGCUAACCAUAUGUACUUGAUGGCGAAGCAGAACAAGAUGUCUUCCGUACAGAAGUCAUGGCAUUGGCUCAAUGUCUGUUUCUUUGGGUGUAUGUCAGUUGCAGCAGCAAUCGCGGCCUUGAGGCUUAUUGCUGUAGAUUCCAAGACAUACAAUCUUUUUGCAGAUUUAUGAUAAUUUAACACAUAUAGAAGAGGGGAAGAAAAUUAAUGUGUAUCUAGAAUUGUGCACUGGUUGAUUCUUGGAGUUCCUAAAUCAGAGCUUCCUGAAUAAAACUUGACUCAGUCC